AUGGGUGCCGAGGCGAAGGCCUAUCUGCAAGAACAUGGCAUUCCCCAAUUGUUUGAGGGCCUCAUGACCGGCCUCAUCUAUAAUAAACCCGAUGAUCCGUUGGAGUUUCUCGAAGAAGCACUUGCCAAGGUCCGCGGCAAUCCAAACAUGGAGGUCUCUUGGGACAUGUUCAUCAAAACGGAAUCAGAGAUCCAGCGCCAACCGAAAGUCGAAGAGAUCAACAAAGAGAAUAAAACUACCACGAAAAAGAAGAAAGUCAAGCCGAAAGAGGACAAAGAAUCAAAGAAAAGCGUCCCGGGUGAAAAGAAAAAGAACAGUGAACUAAAGAAGGAAAAAGAGAAAGAAAAAGAAAAAGAACCGGCAAUGGGUGUGCAACGAGUACCGUCGGUGAUCAAAGCGGCCGAAGUAGCGAAGAUCCCCGAUGUGCCUGUGGUGCUCUUUAUGGGAGGACCUGGUGGAGGAAAGACUCGUCACGCGUCUAGGGUCUACAACGCAUUGCAUGAUCAGGGCUUAAUCCACAUCUGUAUGCCGGAUAUUAUUCGGAAUGCCCUGGCCAAGUACAAGGAUCGUUUUACCGAGUGGAAAGAUGCCAACGAUAAGUACAUGAGAGGUGAACUCAUUCCCAAUCAUCUCGCCUUGGCUCUCGUCAAAGCCGAAAUGGGACGACAUCCACAAGCAUCCGCUUAUUUCCUUGAAGGAUUCCCGAGAGAAGCGAGACAAGUUGAGGAUUUCGAGAGACAGGUAAAAGUCGUAAACAUGGCGAUAAUCAUCGACUACGAUGAGAGGACAUUGAGAGAACACAUGGAGAGACGAGGGAUAGCUAUGGAUGUCAUCGAUCAACGAAUCAAAGAAUUCAAACAGAAGACUCUCCCAUCGGCGAAAUAUUUCGAUGAUCAAAAGCUGCUGCAUUUGAUUCCCGGAGAAAAAGACGAUCAAACGAUUUUUGAAAGAAUGAAGAAAUUGGUGGAACAAGCGAUGGAAUCCGGAGUACCCGUUUACAAUUCGAAUCCACCUGCACAAGCUGUGGCGAGAGGGGAUCCGUUGAGUCCACCCGGCACCUCAUCCGAACACCAUCACCACAAACCGCCAACAAGCAGCGGCUCAAAGCCUCCAUCAACUCCAGGCUCAAAACCCGCAAGCAAACCCUCCACUUCUCACGGACAUCAUAAAGAAGAGAGGCCAUCGAGCAGACCGGGCAGUAGAUCAGGCAGUGCGUCGUCAAAGAGAAGUGGUAGUGGAAAAUCUCGGAAAGCAGAAACUCCACUCAUAAAUGGACACGCGGAGCUGGCUAGAGAACCCGAAAUUGAACGAGAAGUGGCGGCUGUUGUUGAGACUGUGGCCACCGUUCAUGAUCCACCGAAAACACCAAAAACGGCAGAAUCGGUCGGUCGAGCACGCAACUUUCCCAGAGGACUUCCCAACAACGCACCAGUGAUUCUACUAAUAGGAGCUCCCGGCUCAAACAAGACCUCAAUUGCACAAAGGAUAGCAAAAAAAUACGAUGGAUUUGUGAUGUUUAGUAUGGGAGAUUUGCUGAGAAGAAAGGUCAGAGAAACAAGAGGUGACGAGUUGUGGGAUCGAAUCGGGAGAAAGAUUGACCAAGGAGAAGCUGUUCCGAUGAAACUUUGCCGCGAACUCCUUUAUUCGGGGAUUCACGAGAUCGGGACGACAAGUUGGGGCUAUGUGAUUGAGGGAUAUCCGAGGAAUCAACACCAAGCACAGGAUUUCGAGCAACAGAUUGAUCGAAUUGAUUUGGCGGUUCUCAUCGAUUGUACUGAGCAAUUCUGUGCAGAGAACGUGAAGCGACGAUACGAAGAGGGAUUACAGGAUCGAACUGAGAGACCAGAUGACGCUGUUGAUGUAUUCAAAUCCCGGUUGGAACUCUUCAAAGCGAACUGUUUGCCCAUGUUGAAAUAUUUCGAUGACAAGGGAAAAUUGAGAGUGGUGGAUGGCGACAUCGAGGAGGAGAAAAUCUUCAACGAGAUUAUUCAAAUGAUCGAUAAUUCGCUGUUCAUUGAAGACAACGGAAGCGGCAAAAGCCUAGAGUCGUCAAAGAACGGCUCACUUUUCGACCAAUCCGGCACCCAAACAACAAUACAAGCGCAA